GACUUUCGUUAAUUGACUUAUAGGUUAGGUUCACAUCAACAAAAACAAACCCUUUUUAAUAAAAAAUCUUAAUGAUCUCACCCCUAAAUCGGUUUUUAUAUUAAAAAUCAUGGAAGAUAAUCAAAAUGUUACGUUUGAUGUUGAAGGAACGUUAAUUAAGUGUAAAAAGAUUGAUUUAGUAGAAAAAAGUGAUUAUUUUAAGGUUAUGUUACACGGAGAUUUUAUUGAAAAAGAUACAAAUAUAAUAAAACUGCAGGACGUUGAUUUAAAUUCGUUCAAUAUAAUCCUAAAAACAUUAUGGGAUGAAUCAUACUUAAUUAACGAUGAAGAUUUAUUAACAGUUCUCCAAACGGCGUCGAUGCUUCAAUUCAACCACAUAAAAUCGAAUUGUAUUGAGAAAAUAACCGAGUUGUUAUCCCCAAUAAAUUGUUUAACAAUUUGGCAAAUAACAGAACAAUUAGAUAUAAAACCUUUAAAUUUGAAAGCAAAGGCGAUGUCUUUAGUGGAAUUUGAAAUAAUAAAAGACUUGGAUUGUUUAUUAGAAUUAAAUAUAAACCAGCUUUUUAAAUAUUUAUCAAACACUAAGUUGCGCACAAUAAACGAAUUCCACGUUUUUGAAUGUUGUAUGAAAUGGUUUUAUGAAAACAAUAAGAAGGAAAAGUUGUGCGAAAAUUUUGAUAAGAAUAGGAUUUUUAAAAUAUUCAUGGCGUGUAUUGAUUUUAAAACGAUUUCUGAUGGAUUUAUUACGGAAAUGUUGCUUUACCCAGAUUUAAAUAAUGAAAUUGUUUGUUUAUUGGGGGAUAUUUUAAAAAUUAAAGACUCUAAUUUAAAAGAAAUCGAUUAUGAUGAUGAAUCGUUGAGAUUUUUUAAUAAUUGCAAACAACGUGAAAGUUUUUAUUCGCCUUGUUUAGUUAUCGAUAGUUUUCCAAGGAGUUUUAAAAGACAAAAAAUCUCUUCAAUGUGGUAUUAUGAUAAGUUUAAAAGAAAACGACAAAGUUUGAUUUUAGAGAAUUCUCCAGAAAUGAGUAAUGCAUCAACAUCUAAAAUUAUCUUAUUAUAUGAUGUUAAAAUAAGAGAUUUUUGCAAAUUAAUUAAUAUACCUCACGAGAAGCAUUCUAAUCUUCAAGGAUUCGAAUUAAUUGGUUAUAAAGAGUUAUUAUUUUUAUUUGGUGGGGAGAUUUCGUUAGGAAAAGGCAAUUGGAACAAUAAUUUUUGGGUUUAUAACACAAUAUGUGAUAGAUGGGAACGAAAAUCAAAGUUACCUUUUGAGCGUCGUCAUUUUGAAACAUGCAUUUCAAACGAUGUUCUUUACAUCGUGGGGGGAACCGGAAGUUUCAGAAUUAUCCAAGAUAAUAUGUUCUAUUACAAAUAUAAAACAAAUGAAUGGAGUAAAACGCAAAUUUUACCAUGCGCUGGUCGUCAAGUAAAAUGUUGCGAUUUCCAACAAAAACUUUUUUUAUUAAACAUAAAUGGAAAAUGUGGAUAUCUUUUCGAUUUAAACCACAAUCGAUGGAUACAACUCCCCAUUUACGAUAAUAACAUAGAAGUAAUUUACCCAAAUAAAUUUUCGUUGUUCUCUUACGAAGAUAAAAUUUAUUUAAAAGGAACAAGGUUAAUUACAAUGAAUGUAAAGGAUAACAAAUUAGUAUUGGAAGAUAACAAGUACUUAAAUUCGAUCUUAUACGAUCAAAUUGAUUCUGUGAUUUGCAACGAUCUUGUUUAUACGUUAUAUACGGAAACUGUCGAUGAUAAAAAACGAGUUGGAUUAGAAAAAUUCGAUUUAAAAUCGUUGGAGAAGGAGAUUAUUUUUGAAAAAUUGAGCGAAAAUUCAUUUUUGGAUUUAAACGAGGAUGUUUGUUUGUUCCGGGAAAACAUAAAGUUGUUUAAUUUUCAACAUUUUUCUAUGGUGGAAAAUGAUGAUUAUGUUGGUGAUUAUAAUUUAUGAUUAUUGUUGAUUUUUGUUAAAUUAAAAAAAAAUUGUUACUUAUAAACGGCAUAAAUCAAAA